AUGGGCACUUUUACAUUCAAAUGGAAGCCUGUGGCUCUGUCGCGAACCUCGACUUGGAAAGGAGCUUCGCCUUGGCGCUGGGACAAGAGGAUACACGGCACAAAGCUAUUCUCUUUCCAGCGCAGCCCAGCGUUCACGGCACUGGCCUUACCAUCUACCACUCUCUAUCAGCUGCUAACAUGGACCGUCUCGGUGAGCAGGAACAAGCCGGCGCAGGAGGUGUACGUGACCGGCACAUUCGAUAACUGGUCCAAGUCCGAGAAGCUGGACAAGAUCGGCGACGAUAGCUUUACGAAAACGGUUGCGAUUCCAGAUGCUUCGAGCAAGAUAUAUUACAAGUGUGCUUGCGAUGAAGCAGCUCGCUCGUCUUAG